CGUUGUAUUAAAUUUUUGACAACCGUAAGUUAGGUGGCUAUAUAAUUGCCGAAUUUAUAUCUACUUAUUCACUUUCAAAUCACAGAAAUAAACUGAAAUAUCAAAGAAGCUCGAAUUCGAAUGGAUUCAAACUCUGAUAAACAGGGCGGAUCAGCCACCACAAUCACCGCCGUGCACCAAAAUAUCAUCGAAACACACAUCUUAACAAGAUUCGACGGCCCGGCUCUUGCCUCUACGGCCUCUACUUCCCACCUUUUACACACUCUUUGCAAUCAAGAUGAAUUGUGGGAAGAUCUAUGUAAUUCUACAUGGAAUUCCAUAAAAGACCCUCUUGUUCGACAAAUUAUCUCUACGUUUUCGGGUGGUUACCGAUCUUUUUUCUCCGAUUCGUUUCCUCUUCUUCGCCCGAAUCCUAGUGAGGGGAGCUACAUAGGUCAAGUACACAAUUCGGAACUAAUCUCGGCUGUUGAUAUGUACUAUGGUAAUGAUCCGGUUUACAGUAAUGUAAAGGCGACGGAUACGAGUGAUAGUAACUUUCUUGGGCUACAGUUCUGCAUCGACUUGCUUGACGGAGAAGGUACUUCGAAAAUGCCAAUUAAAUAUGAAGGAGACGAGAAGAAAUGCAUUUUGGAUUUUGAAGAGAAGCUGAGAUUGAGCUGGAUUAUUAUUGAUCCGAAAUUAAAACGGGCAGCCAACGUGUCGAGUUUGAGGCCGAUAUCUGUGCGACCAUGCUGGGUCGAUGGGAGUGGAAUAAAGGUGAAAUACGCGACAAUUGUUUCGGGUGAUAACAGAGGCAUUUACACAACAGAGUUUGUUGAGUGUAGAGUGACAGCAAUAUUUCGUUUCGAAGGGAAAAAUAUCAAACUUAAGGAGCUGAGUUUAUGCGUCGUGGACAUGGAUUGGACGCGGUUGAAUGGCGAAAAGAGCUUGAGGAUUUUGAAAGAGGCUCUGCAUAAUGGAUUAAGAAAGAAAGCAACUGGAGGAGAAGAAAAAGAGAUGUAUGCUAAAUUUGUUGAUCUGAAGAGAAAGAAGAGAGAUGAAGUGAAAAAGGAAAAUAUUGUGGACAGAUUUAUGGAUUUUCUUUGGCGUUUCUCUAAUCCCUUCGCUGAAGAAUAGUUUAAACUAGGUAAUUAUAAAUAAGUACCGAGGUAAACUACAUGGAAUAUUAGAUAGUGCUAGACUUUGUGAUUCCAGUUUGUACAUAGUUUCUUUGUGUUUGUUUUUCAAGAACUGGUUUUUCAUGUGUGUGAUGGAAUGAUAAAAAUAUGGUUUGCUAAGUGCA